AUGUUGCAUGAUUCCGAUCGUAAUCAUAAAUACCGUCUUGCUAUUGAGCACACUAUUCAAAGGCUUAAACAGCAACAUCCAGAAAAACCGAUUCAUGUACUUGAUAUUGGGACUGGGACCGGUUUACUAAGUAUGAUGGCUGUUAAAGCUGGAGCCGACUUCGUUACUGCUUGCGACUCUUUUCUUCCGAUGACCAAAUGUGCACAACGUAUCCUACACAAUAAUAAAGUUAGCGAAAAAAUUAAUGUCGUACCAAAGCGCUCCACUGAUUUGGUCGUUGGAGUAGACAUGCCAUGCAAAGCUGAUGUUUUGGUUGCCGAAUUAUUCGAUACUGAAUUAAUUGGAGAAGGUGCCUUGGAAACGUACAAACAUGCAUCUGAACACUUACUGACACCAAAUGCUUCUCUUAUUCCAUGCGCUGCUCAUGUUUAUGUACAGAUUGUUGAGUCUUCAUUCCUUUGGUCUCAUCACCGUUUAUUUCCACAUGAAUAUAAAAGUGGUGAUAUAGUAGUAGAUUUGAAAGAGUUUCAGUGCCCGGAAAUUGAAUCCUGUUCAGGACUUCCGUCUGUAUUUGAUAUUCAAGUUUCAGAACUUCAUUUAGAAAAUAAUAAAUCCACCUCGUCUGAUAGAAGCAUACAUUGUCUUUUGGACAGUCCUCAACUUGUUAAACGCUUUGAAUUUGGCCCCCCUGCAGAUCAGAUUAAACUGGAUGAUAUGAUUUAUCUAAAAUUUCCUUAA